AUGAGGUGGGAAAGAGAGGGAGUCUGCCUUGCUCAGCAGUGGAAGGACAACCGACCAGUCACAGUUCUUUCUUCAACUGACAAUGCCAAAGAUUUUGUAAUGGUUGCUAGAAAAGAGAAAGUGGGCAAUGUGUGGAGAAAUAUCAAUGUAAAACAGCCUAAAGCAAUUGAACAUUAUAAUAACUAUAUGAAUGCAGUUGACCAUUCAGAUCAAAUUCUUCCAAAGAACUGUGCUCUUCGAAAGUGUAUGAGGUGGUGGAAAACAUUGUUUAACCAGAUCAUCAACAUAGAUAUUGUCAACAGUUACAUUCUGUUUCAACUUCAUCCUAUAGAGCACCCUGACAACGAAGCACUCAAGCGUCCUCAAAAGUUUGCAAUUGCAGAGUAUCGAGAGGAACUUGUGAGAGAUCUAGCAGGCUUGAAUGAAUAUGGAAAAAGAACCUGGGGAGUUUGUUACUGUGCAUAUACUAAAGUUUACUGA